UCUUCUUUUUGCUUCAAUUUCAUCAUGGAAUCACACAUCUCUCACCAAAUCGCAGAAAUCACCAAUCCAACCAACGUCAAGGAUGAUGAUGAUAAUCAAUUCCAGAAUUGGAAGUCUCUGAUUAUUCCAUUGUCGAAGAAGAAAUUCAAGGUGUUUGGUUCUCAACAUCUCAAUAUAGAUGGCGGUGAUGUCGGCGGUGGUGGUGAGAUUGCGGGUGAAAAUGGUGGUGCUAUCUGCAGAAGUGAUAAGUAGAUGCAACUGCAUAGACGAGGAGAUUUGGUUUUUGAAACGGAUUUCAGAUCUGAUCGAAACAGUGGCGAUCAAGGGUUAGGGGUUCAAGUGCAAUGUUUCCUUAUUGAGGGGGGAAAUUGCAAUUUGGACAUUUCAAUGGGGAGCGCAGUCCAGUCCUCCAUCCAGUCACCAGUUCUUCAAACAACAUUCUAACUGGAAACCAGAUUUAAAGAAGGAAUUUCUCAAGAUUGUUACUGGAUAAAGAAAAUUGAAGUAGGAUUUUAGUAAGAUUCUUACUGGAAACGAGAUUUGAAGAAGGAAUUUCACAAGAUUUCAUUAGUAAAGGGAGUGUUCAAGUUGGAGUUGCUCAAGAUUUCUUCUGCGAGUGUUGAUUCAUCUUCUGCUUCUGUCACUUCCACCGUUCUUCAAACCAGAAUAUCAAGAAAUUGGAAUUUGGUUCAAUAUGCAUGUACAUCAAAUAUGCGUAUUUUGCAAGUACAGAGGGGAGUCUGCCUGUUUGCAACGUUCAGAUGAACGACAUCAUCGUUUGUUUAGACCGGACGAUGUUGGUGCUACUUUUAGGUAUUAUAAUGCCCAGCCUUUUAAUCUACCAGUCAGCAAGGAGACCAAAAACCGAAUACAAGUCAUCGUGAACAGAUUUCAAAAUAUUGUUGGAUUCCGAGAUGAAAUCUAUGGGUUAGCUGGAAUUAUUUUACUACUCGAGUUUAUCUUGGCUGUAAAUACUGCUCACUACGAGAGUCUCAUACGUAAUUACGGACCGAAUCCUCCAACAGCAGUACACAUUAGACCAGAUUAUCCAGUGCGACCUCCACAACAAAAUGCAAGUUUCAAUUAUUCAUUUGUCUCGAUAAGUAGUGCACAGCAACCACAGCGUCAACCAUGUCCAGCAUGCAUCUAUCUGGCGAGAAUUUGCCCAGAGAAUUGUCAGUUAGGUCAAUACUUUGAGUCACUUUUUCGGGAAGAUCUCAGAAAUGUGGAAGAUUUCAGAAAUGUGUGUCGUUCUCUUUUUACACGACCAUCCCUAGUUUAUAAUAAUACUAGUCAGCAGAAACUAAAAAGUUCUGAGGUGAAACACAUAGGGGACAAUACGAGACGUUUUGAUAAUGAAAUUUUAAAAUCAUGUCUCAUGUAUGGGACGACCGGCAUUAUGCUAUCACUGGUCAGACGUUUGCUUGAAGUUAACAGUAACAUUGAUAAUCAUUGGAGACAAUUGGUACUACAACAUGGUCAGCACCAUCAACAAGUACCUCGACAAUACCCGUCAGCACCAGUGGUUGGACAACCACAAUAUCCAGCAAAUUUGAAUACGGGAGGUCAGCCACAACAGCAGCAACAACGACAGCUUCAGCUUGGUGUUGCCAAGAGAUCUCUGGAACAAGGUGAAUCACAAAUGCGCAUACAACGGCAACGACUGCAAGGACCACCAAAUCAACCACUUCAGACAUAUGGAGCACCGCCUCGAUUACAGAAACCAGCACCAUUUCAGCAACCAUAUCCACCAGCAGCAUUUCAGCAACCACCAUACCGUGUACGAAUGCAGGUACAUCAAACACGACCAGCGCCUCGAUCACAGCUAUCAGCAGUGCCAUCUCAAUUUCAGCCACUUUUUGCUGGUAUGAACAGCUCCUCAUCAGCAUCAUCAUCUCACUCUCAGUUGCAGUCUCACCAACAUCAUUAUCAUAGUUCCAUCAGUUCCUCAUCAGCUGCACUGGUGGGACAGCCACACCCACAACAUCGAGCGCCACAGGAUCCAUAUGAUUUUUCAACUAUACGAUUUACGGGUGAUGGAGAGAACUCUGGUUGGGACACAGAGCAGGAACAGCUCCAUCAAAGAUUCCCACCGUACCGAAUACAAAGGCAGGGAUAUCAAAUACGGCCAGUGCUUCAAUCACAGCCACAAGCAGUGCCAUCUCAAUCUCAGCCAGUUUUUGCUGGUAACAACUCCUCAUCAGCAUCAUCAUCUCAGUCUCAGUUGCAGUCUCACCAACAUCAUUAUGUUAGUACCAGCAGUUCCUCAUCAGCUGCACUGGUGGGACAGCCACACCCACAGCAUCAAGCGCCACCAGAUCCACCCGAUGAGGGACAGCAGUAAUCCUUGGGAAUAAUUGUUAAGAAAUAUCUCAUUUCAGUCGGAUAUCGCUGUUGUUUACGUGCUAAUAGAAAAAACUUACAGAAUAUUUCUUGUUGUAAACUUAGAAAUAUUCAAGGUUUCUCAUUUCGGGAUA